UUGAUCUGAGGAUCUGAGAAUUCCGCAGCUUCAACAGACCCUUUUGAGAGAAUCGAAGAUGAGGAAGAACACGAGCAUGGGUUCUGUUCUGGCCCUCCUCUGUACUAGUUUAAUGAUCGUUGCCGCCAUUAAUGCCAGAGUCUGUGCUGCGAAAGACUUCAAAGUCGGUGAUGCCGACGGCUGGAGGGAGCCCACCGCCGAAAACGAGGCGGCCAUGUAUUCUCUGUGGGCUUCCCGCAACAGAUUCCAAGUUGGAGAUUCUCUGCGUUUCGAGUACAGCAAUGAUUCGGUUCUCGUAGUGGAUAAAUGGGCUUACUACCACUGCAACACAUCCAAGCCGAUCGCUGCCUACAGCAAUGGAAACAGCCUCAUCAAGCUCGACAAGCCUGGACCGAUCUACUUCGUGAGUGGGACUGCAAACCACUGCAAGAACGGGCAGCGGUUGCUGGUGGACGUGAUGGAACCGCGCCCAAUCUCACAAUCUCCUCCUUCCACAGCUCCUCCAACUGAGCCUUAUUUUUCAGCGUCUCCUGCACCGUCACCUCUUUCGAAUUCAGGGGCCAUAGUUUCAGAGACAAUGGUUCCAGUUUCAAUGGCUCUUAUUGCCGCCCUCGGAGCUUUGGUACUGUGAGCACCUUAGCCAUUUUGGGUUAUGGUGGUUGCAGUCGAUCCAUUGCGCUGG